UCCAAUGUCUUCUCCAUGUUCGAGCAGUCCCAGAUACAAGAAUUCAAGGAGGCUUUUGGCUGCAUUGACCAGGACAGAGAUGGCGUUAUUAAGAAACAAGACCUGAAGGAGACCUAUGCACAACUGGGAAAGCUCAACGUGAAGGAAGAAGAGCUAGAUGAGAUGUUGAACGAGGGCAAAGGACCUAUCAACUUCACUGUCUUCUUGUCUCUCUUUGGCGAGAAACUCAACGGCACCGAUCCAGAAGACACCAUCCUCGCUGCCUUUAAGCUUUUCGAUCCCAACGCGACAGGCUUCGUCAACAAGGAAGAAUUUAGACGGUUAUUGCUGAACCAGGCGGAUAAAUUCACGCCCGAGGAGGUGGAUCAGGCCUUUGCGCUCGCUCCCAUCGACCCGACAGGAAACAUCGACUACAAGUCCCUCUGCUACAUCAUCACGCACGGAGACGAGAAGGAAGAGUCCUGA